CCUGACCUCUGUUUUACUUGCUUUCUGUUUUUACUGAACAAAAAAGAAUAAUUGAUUUUCCAUUAGGUUUCGGAUGCAGGUUUUCAGCUGGAAAUCUUCAGUCAUUUUCUUAACAUUUGAGUAGGUGUAGUAGAUUGUUUAUACCCAGUUUGGUUGUUUUAUUGUUUUGUUUUCUGAAGAUUAGAUAGGAGAUAAAGAUGAGUAUGGAUGCAAAGGGCAUUCGACUUCUUCUCUGGAGAAUCAUUAGAUUUUCUGGGAAUUGUUGCUAUAAAUUUGUCAGGAAAUAUCCACUCGUUUCAGGUGUUCUUAGCUUUGUUUUCUUCCUGUACAUAAUUUUUCCUUCUGUUUUCUACUUUUUGAUGUAUUCUUCUCCUAUCCUUGUCUGCACUGUUGUUUCCAUCCGAUUCUAUUUGAAAACCAAAUAUCCUGAAUAUUUCCAAUGGAUUAAGAAACAAGACAGUGAGAGACCAUCAGCUAAUGUAAAUAGAUCAAACGAUCCUUCAUUACGACCCCAGAAAAGUGUAAGAAGAAAUGCUAGAAAGGAGGUCGUAGAAUGGGAUAGAGAAGAUAGUGAGGAUAGGAACAUAUUUUUUCCAACAAGUCAUUAUGACAGUCUGCUUAGUAAAACUAAUUUCUUGGAAGAAAACCCGAUAUCGAUCUUCGAGGGGAAAGGGAAUUCUAGUAUGGAACAUGGAGAGAGUUCCUCCCACAAUGAUGGUGGAAAUGAUCGAGCAGUUGAUGAUCCGAGUUCGACAUCGAAACGUCAUAGCGUGUCGGGUGAUAGCUUUCAAGGGCAGUUAGGAAAAGGUCCUGACUGUGGUGGUGUUGAGGUAGAGGUAGAAAGCUUGGAAGACGGGGAGGAUGAGGAUGAGGAAGAGGUUCAAGAAGAUGGAAACAAGGCUGUGGAAUGGACGGAUGAUGAUCAGAAGAAUCUUAUGGAUCUUGGUUUUUCUGAGUUGGAAAGAAACAAAAGGCUGGAAAGUUUAAUUGCAAAACGAAGAGCUAGAAAAUUGUUCAAGAUGGCAGUUGAGAAAACCGUGGUGGAGAGGGAUGGUAAUCCCCUUAGUCAAAUUGCUCCAAUUCUAACUGUUAAAAACAACCUUCUGGGUGUUUCUAAUCCCAAUGAAGAAGGAUUACAAAUGCCUGGUUCUGCCCCUUCCAUCUUGUUGCCUGCAAAGAAUCCAUUUGACCUACCUUAUGACCCACUUGAAGAAAAACCAAAUCUUAUGGCAGAUAGUUUUCACCAAGAAUUCAUGGCAGCCAACCAAAAGGAAAUGCUUCUCUGCAGGCAUGAGAGCUUCUGUCACGGACCUUUGUUUACAUUGGAAACCACUCAAGAUCCAGGAGAUGAACAGUUUAACCCCUAUUGGAGUACUGAGAAACGACCAGGGGAGGGUCGAGCAGUUUCUAGAUUCAAAAGGCAGUCAGAAAAAGGAGGUCUCCACCAGCAUAAUUCCUCUGGUGUAGGAAGUACUACUGAUCUUGUUGAACUAGAAGACUCCAACCACAAUGAGGCAAUAAACUCUUCAGAAGUGAGACAUGCAGAGACUAUAGAAAGUGCGAACAAUAGGAUUGGAAUAGGAGGGAAGGUGAAAAACCCCCAUGAUCUGGAGUCAGGAUUAGAUAGAGGAAGUGUAGUCAGAAUGGAGACAGAUUCCAUAAGAAACAAUGAUUCCGGCUACUCAUCUUCAUCUGAAGCCAAUGAUGAAUUGAUCUUAGAUCAAACAAGUAAACCUCCACAGAUACUUAGUGAUCAUGUGCAAAAGACCCUUAAUCUUUCAAUUCCUCCUAGGGGGAAAACUGUGAGUAGACUUCCCUAUGAUUCCAGCCCAUCUCCAUCUGAGAAGCGUAGGACAGACAUUAGUUUAUUUCUCGCAAAUAGGCGAUAUGGCCAUACACCUACCUGUUCCAUAGCUUCUGACUUGCAAGUUGAGGUAUCGGAAGUUGGUUCACCUCCAUUAACAUCCGAUGGAACAAUUUCAUCUGUUGAUGGUGAUUCAGUUACCUAUGAUGGGGAUGUUGACAGGGAUAUCAAUUCUGACAGUGAAGAAUUGUGGGGAGGUUCAUUUAACCUAUCAAGAUCAGAGGCAAAUCGAGUGAAACUGAGAGAAUUACAUGAUAUUAGUGAAGAGAAUUCUGUUGAAGUAGAGUUUUCAGGUUUAAACAGGAAACCUGAGGAGCCAAUUGCUUCACCCUCUCCAUCUGAACAGGAGACCAAGCAAAAUUUGAGUAACACAAGUUCAGUAUCUUCAAGAAUAGAUAUAACUGAAAAUGGUCCAUCCCAUCCGAUAAACAGAAACCAUGAAACUCCCGAAGAUGUGAAACAAAUACAUGAAGAAGUUGAGGGAUUCAAGACUUUCAAUGUUUCAGAGACACUAUCACCUGAAAAUCCAGGGAAAGCUAUGCCUUUGAUGGAGAAGUCAGUGGUUCAUUCACCUUCUGAAUCUUGUUUCGAGAAGCCAGAGCAAUUUAUUGAACCUCCUACAGAAGACUUUAACAUCAUUUGUAGUGUGAAGCCCGUAACUCAUGGAGAUGUUUACACUUUAGACUCGAAACCAUCUGAAAACAAAGACAACGAAGCCCAAAUAUUGAUUAAAACUGCAGCUGUGGGGGAGGUGAGACAACCAGCUGAUGAAAUCAAUUUAGAUUCCAGUGAGUUCAGGCAAGGGAAUUUAGAAACAUCUUGUGAGUCUAAAAACACUAUGGAAACUGGAAAGGAGAUGGAGGAGAGCCAACCUUCAAAGUAUAUUGAAGAAGAUACUCGAAACUUAACUGAGCAUAACACUGGGGAUGCACCAAAUAUAGUUCAAAAUAGAGACGACUUGAAUUCUGUUUCAGAUGGUAUAGAUGAUCAGAAUGUUACAGAAGAUAAUGUUUCUGGAGUGAAACAAGGAUUUGGUGGUUCUAUUGCAAUGGCUCUAAACCCAAGAUUGGUGAUGGAACAAUUUUCUGCCAGCUUAGUUUCAUCUCCAAGAUCUGUAUUACCACAGAACAUCCUGGCAGAUCAAAUGCCUAUUUCAAUUGUUGAGCAACGGAUACAAACAGAUGUGCCACAAUCUGCUAUGGAAGACAUAGUGAGAGACAGUUCAGCAGAUGACCAACCACAUGAAAACCUGACUUUUAACGUGCCCCAAAAUGCACAGCAAGUGGGAUCAUCUAACAUGACAGAGAAGACUACUAAUUGUAGCACCGUCCAUAAUAUGAAUGAACAAGUGUUAGAAGACACGCACGGCAAGGAAGAUUCUAUUGAGCAUAACAUAAAAUCCAGUGAAGGUGAAUCAGAAACUAUGAUGAGUUCUAAUGAUACUAAAGAACUAUCAGAACCAUUCAAGGAAAGCGAUCCUGGUUCUGUUGAGCAUCUUGAAGAGGGAUCUGAAAAACUGAUUGAAUAUCACACUGGAAUCAGUCCAUCAAAUGCUAAUUCAUAUGUUCCUGAAAUUAUGGUAAGAUCGGAAGAGGAACCAACAAACUCUCCAAGGAAGGUCAUUGAGGAAGGCAACACUGUCAAAAAUAUCAAUGAUUCAGUAGUCAAUAAGAAGGUAGACGGGGAGAAGUUGACAACUAGUGAAGGAGAAUCCCAAUUCUCAAUCAGACUGGAGGCCGUCAAGGGACCUGAAGAAUCAAAUGAACAUGAAGCUGAUGUUAACAAAAAAGAAGAACAUGAAAGCGAUAAUCCAAGCAUUCCUGAAACUGCAACACAAGGAGAGAAGUCUGCAGCAGAAGUUGAUAGUAUUGGCGAUGUGAAUGACUCAUUAGCUGAUAAUAUAACCGACAAAGAGAUCUUGAUUUGUGUUCUUGAUGGUGAAGGUGAGCCCCAAAUAUUAAGUAGACAAGGGGCUGUCAUGGAAACAUCAAACACCACCGAGGCAACUAGUGCCGGAACUGUCGAAGAUACUGAACAUGAAUCCAAAAGACUGACCGAUGCUGAAGCCAGUGCUGGCCUAUCAACUUCAGCAAAAGAAAGUGAUAGCUUGAAUAACAUUAAAAAUGGUGAUGCACCAAAAUCGGGGGAGGAUGAUCUUAAGGACAUUGAAAACAUCCCAGCUGCAGGUGAUAUUACAACGGGUAUAUCAAUCGACCAUGAGAUUGCCAUGGAAGCAUCAAAACCAACAGAAUCUGAAGUCAAGGCUGUCAACCCUGAAGAAAAUGAUAGCAGUGCAGUGGCAAACUGAGGCAGCACAUGUACAAAUGGCACAUCUGGAAACCAUCAGUUUAGAGGCAGCGUCUGCUAUGCUGGGCAACUUUCACCAUAGAGAAGCUGAAAGGAAC